UUCAGCUUGACGUUUCGAUCCCACAAUAAAGCGAAGCAAUAUAGAAACCGGAUUAAAUUCAUUAUUUUCCUACACAGUUCACUAUUUUGAGAUCACAUGCUAAGAAAGCUCGUGUUAAGUUCGUUUUACUAAAAUGGACACGUCAAGCACUGGCACUAGCUCGCCAGGUUUAAUGGCAUCGGCGCCGCUGUUGCCGCCGCCGAUGUUAGGCGGGCUAGCGCCCCCGAUGCCGCCGCAAGUGGCGAUGCCCCCGGUGCCCGGGUUAACUCCAACGAUGGCUGCGAUGCCUCCACCUAUGGGUUUUCCACCUAUGAUACCUCCGUUCUCGAUGCCUCCACCGGGGUUUCCACCAUUUAAACCAGAUUUAACUGCUCCAGCACCAGAAAUUGCUCCCAUUUCAAACCACACCAGUCCCUGGUCAGAGCACAAGGCUCCUGAUGGCAGAACAUAUUACUACAAUUCUGUGUCUAAGCAGAGUCUCUGGGAAAAGCCGGAUGAUCUGAAAACUCCUGCUGAGAAACUGCUUUCUGCCUGUGUGUGGAAAGAGUAUACAACAGAUGCUGGCCGGCUGUACUACCACAACAUUGAGACCAAAGAAUCCAGUUGGGUGGUGCCUGCGGAGCUGCAGGAGAUUAAGGAUAAGAUUGCUGCAGAGGAAGCUGCACAAGCAGCAUUAAACGGAGACCUGCCUCCCGGAGAGGUGCCUCUGCCAGGGUCUCCAGCGUUGCCCAGCACUGGCAGCUCGGCCCUUGAUGAAGCCAUGGCCAAGACCCUUGCGGCUAUAGACCCCUCUAUUGUCGGAUCUAUACCUAUACCAGAUGACAUUGAGCCAGAAGAUGUAGCGUCACCAGCUCAGGCCCCUGGGGAAGCAACCGACGCCGUGGCUGAGCCACAAUACAAGGACAAGAAAGAAGCUAUUGAGGCUUUCAAAGAACUGCUCAAAGAUAAAAAUAUUUCAUCAAACGCUACAUGGGAACAAUGCGUGAAAAUUAUAUCAAAAGACCCGCGGUAUGCCAUAUUUAAAAAACUCAAUGAGAAAAAACAAGCUUUUAAUGCAUACAAAACACAGAAGAUCAAAGAUGAGAGAGAAGAAUUGAGGUUAAAAACAAAGAAAAACCGCGAAAAUCUUGAAGAGUUCUUGCUGAGUUGUGACCGUGUCACGUCCAUGACAAAGUAUUACAGAUGCGAUGACAUGUUUAGCAACCUAGAGAUAUGGCGAUGUGUACCAGAGUCGGAUCGUAGAGAUAUUUUUGAAGACUGCAUAUUUACGAUAGCAAAACGCGAAAAAGAGGAAGCUAAGGCAUUGAAGAAACGAAACAUGAAAAUGCUGGCACAGGUUUUAGAGAACAUGAACGAGAUCACAUACAGCAGCACGUGGAGCGAGGCGCAGGUGCUCCUGUUAGAGAACUCCGCCUUCAAGAACGAUGUCAGUCUGCUCGGCAUGGACAAGGAGGACGCGCUCAUAGUUUUUGAACAACACAUAAAGAACAUGGAAGCAGAAUAUUUGCAAGAAAAAGAACAGCUCAAAAAAAGAAACAAACGGCAGCAGAGGAAAAACAGGGAUAACUUUUUGGCAUUGCUGGACAGUCUACAUGAGGAGGGCAAACUGACGUCGAUGUCGCUGUGGGUAGAACUGUACCCUGUGAUAUCGGCUGACAUGCGCUUCUCUGCUAUGCUUGGUCAAACAGGCUCAACCCCACUAGACCUAUUCAAGUUCUACGUGGAGAACCUAAAGGCGCGCUUCCACGACGAGAAGAAGGUCAUCAAGGAGAUCCUCAAGGAGAAGCAGUUCGAAGUGAAACCGGACACGAGCUUCGAGGAGUUCGCUACCGUGGUGUGCGAGGACAGCAAGUCUGCCGCCUUGGACGCCGGCAAUGUCAAGCUCACGUACAACUCGUUGCUAGAGAAGGCCGAAGCAAGAAACAAAGAGAAAAUGAAAGAGGAAUCCAAGGCCCAGAAGAAGACAGAAAGCGCGUUUAAAUGGGCACUAAGCGAAGCCAACGUGGACCACCAGCUGCCGUGGAGCGAAGUCAAGGAGAAGCUGGACCUGGAGGCGCCGGAGUUCGCCGCCGUGCCCAGUGAAGAGGACCGCCUUAGGAUAUACAAGGACUUCCAACACGAGCAGGAGGAGAGCUGCAUGCACUACCACCACCCGAAGCCGCGGAAGGCCAAACGGUCCAAGAAAAAGAAGCGUUCACACUCACAAUCUCUGUCGCCGUCCAAGUCGCGGUCGGGCACGCCGGCUGCGGCGCCGCGCUCGCCGUCGCCGUCGCCGGGCGCCGCGAGCGCCGCCUCGUGGACCUCGGACGAGCGCAGGCACAAGAAGUCCAAGAAGAAGCACAAGAAACCGCGCGACGAGCCUGCCCCUCGUUCGGCGUCGCCAGAGGAAGGCGGUAUUUCGGACUCUUCACCGCCGCCGCAAAAGAAGAAGAAGAGCAAGCGCAGCGCGCCCGCCUCCCCCGUCGCUGACCCCGACCACGCCUACAAACCCAAGAAGAAGAAAGAGAAACGCGACAAGAAGGACAAGGAUAGAGCGGCGGCCGGGGCGUCGGCGUCGGCGUCGGCGUCGGCGACGGCGACGGCGACGGCGUGGAGCGACGCGGAGCUGGAGUCGCGGCGCGCGGCGCUGCUGGCGCAGCUGCACGAGCACGAGGCGGACUGACGCAGCGUCACGCACGUGCGCAUCUACAACGCCUACCCGCCGGACCCAAAGCACUGGCCCCUAGACAACACUUCCUCGGAUCAAGAAUAAACUAACAUUGGGCAGUUUGGCCCGUCAUUAUCUUGCUACUUUCUAAACCCGUCUAGUCCCAGCACUUUUCCUUGACAUGUCAUAAUCAUAUACCUCUAAGGGUUUUUCAUACCCUCAGUAUAAAAUCGCAUGAGCGAUAAUCGCGUCCGUAAAACCUAGAGAUAACUUUUGCCUGUGACGUAUAUACGUUAAAACUGUAACAGAUUAGUCGUUUUUAGGGUUCCGUACCCAAAGGGUAAAAAUGGAAACCUAUUACUAAGACUCCGCUGUCCGUCUGUCACCAGGCUGUAUCUCAUGAACCGCGAUAGCUAGACAGUUGAAAUUUUCACAGAUGAUGUAUUUCUCUUGCCGCUUUCGUAUGCUAAAAGAUGAAAGUUGAGGACCCGCGCAAAAUCGCUUUUUCAUACAAACGUAGUCCUCAUUUUUCUCUCUGGAUAUUAACAUGAUUCAAAAUAUUUUGACACAUUUAGUUUUGUAUCAACCACAGCUAUGCGCACGUUUGAUUUUUUAAUUAUUAUAAAAAUUAGGAGCAUUUAAAAAUUUGUAUGAGUGUCAAUCUCUGGAUAUUGACAUUAUGGAAAACAUUAUAACAUAAUUUGAUGUAUAUUUACCAUAGCUAUGGUACUUACAUAUGCCCCUACGUUAGACUUUUUUCGAUUUUUUAAAUCCUGAAAAUGGGGACUACGUUUGUAUGAGGAAGCGGCCGUCCCCUUUCCUCUUAAUAUUCAUAGAUGCCAGUUAAGAGACAUGUUUUAGUUUCUGAUUAUUGUAAUUAGGUAGGAUUUUGUUUAUACUUCCAAUUAUUUGUAGAAAAUUUCAGAAUUCGAAUAGGGAGGAGUUUAAAUAUUACGUAACGCAAUUUUCGAAGAUUUUUGACUCAUGCAAAUUUGUGGUAUCUGCCUACAUCUGUCUAAAUGGGCGUGAUAAUAUGUAUGUAUGUAUGUAUUUGAUUUAUUAAAAAAAAAACAUUGUUACGUAACGCCUUGAUCCAACCCCCUCCCCCCACCUCCAGCCCUGUAACGCAUCGUUAAACGUUUUAGACCCCUCCCCCCAAAUUGCGUUA